GCUUCCCCACCUCGUUAAAGGGUAGCGUCGUCAGUUUGCCUGGCCGGGAUCCGUGCCGUCGUCCUCAAGAUCCUUCUCUCUCUACGUGCCGCGUCGUCUCUCUCAGGACGUCUUCUGGCUCUGUCUUCGUGUGAUGCCCAGAGCACAGCCACUGCUCGUCACCCCAUUGCUCUUGCUCCAGCCCCAGCUACCCUCCUCUUCCCCUGGAACCAGGACCACCCUGCUCCGCAGCGUGCAGAAUGGUCUCAGAUGGAUUAUUGUCAUUCAAGGAUAUAUCUCUGGAGUUCACCUGGGAAGAAUGGCAGUUACUGGAUUCUAUGCAGAAGUACCUAUACAGGAAUGUGAUACUGGAAAACUACAGCAACCUGCUGUCUGUGGGGUAUUGUGGUUCCAAACCUGAUUUAAUCUUCAAGUUGGAGCAAGGAGAAGAGCCGUGCAUAAUAAAUGCCAGCAUUUCCCCUCAGAGCUGUGCAGAGGGUUGGAAAGAAUGGUACCAGAAAAAUCAGGAUGAGCUUGAAAGUGUUGAGAGAAGCUAUGCUUGUAACGCAUUUGGAAAACUUCAUCUGAGCAAAACCCAUGUUUCUUCAAGACAAAGACUCCAUAAGUAUAACACACAUGGAAUAAGUUUCACACAAAACUCAGGUUCAACCAGAAGCUAUCUAAGAAAGAAUCCUGAUAAGGUUCAUGGAUAUGAAGAAUCAUAUUUUCUUAAGCAUCAAAGGGCUCAUAGUAUAGAAAAAAACUGUGUAUGUAAUGAAUGUGGGAAAGCUUUUCGUUGUAAAUCACAGCUCAUUGUACAUCUCAGAAUUCAUACAGGAGAGAGACCUUAUGAAUGCACUAAAUGUGAAAGAGCCUUCAGUGCCAAGUCAAACCUUAAUGCUCAUCAAAGAGUUCACACAGGAGAAAAACCCUACUCAUGUAGUGAAUGUGGGAAAGUCUUCUCUUUUAGGUCACAGCUCAUUGUCCAUCAGGAAAUUCACACAGGAGGGAAACCUUAUGGUUGCAUUGAAUGUGGGAAAGCCUACAGCUGGAAAUCACAGCUUAUUUUACACCAGAGAAGUCAUACGGGAGUGAAACCCUAUGAAUGUAGUGAAUGUGGAAAAGCCUUUAGUUUGAAGUCACCAUUCGUUGUACACCAGAGAACUCACACAGGAGUAAAACCCCAUAAAUGCAAUGAAUGUGGCAAAGCCUUUAGGAGUAAGUCAUACCUCCUCGUUCACAUCAGAAUGCAUACAGGAGAGAAACCCUAUCAGUGCAGUGAUUGUGGGAAAGCCUUCAAUAUGAAGACACAACUUGUUGUACAUCAAGGACUUCACACAGGAAAUAAUCCUUAUCAAUGCAGUGAAUGUGGGAAAGCCUUCGGUAGGAAGGAACAGCUCACUGCACAUCUGAGAGCUCAUGCAGGAGAGAAACCCUAUGGAUGCAGUGAAUGUGGGAAGGCUUUCAGCAGCAAAUCAUACCUCGUUAUACAUAGGAGAACACACACAGGAGAGAGACCCUAUGAAUGUAGUUUCUGUGAGAGAGCCUUUUGUGGGAAAUCGCAGCUAAUUAUACAUCAGAGAACUCACUCAACAGAGAAGCCCUAUGAGUGCAAUGAAUGUGAGAAGGCCUAUCCUAGGAAGGCAUCCCUUCAGAUACACCAGAAAACUCACUCAGGAGAGAAGCCUUUUAAAUGCAAUGAAUGUGGGAAAGCCUUCACUCAGAAAUCGUCUCUCAGUGAACAUCAGAGAGUUCAUACGGGAGAGAAACCAUGGAAAUGCUCUGAAUGUGGGAAAUCCUUCUGUUGGAAUUCAGGGCUUCGUAUACAUCGAAAAACUCACAAGUGAGAGGGGAGGAUGAAGUAGAUGUUAGAAGCAUUCUCACAGAAGUUGAUCCUCAGGAGACUUCAGAUGAUGAUAUAGACAGGAUAUAUAAGCGGAAGUCCGAAAAAUACACUCAUAUCAAAUAAGUCAUAUAGGAGAGAGACCCCUCAUAUUUGGAAUGAAUGAGCAAAAGCUUUCAGAAGUAAGUCAUACAAGUAUUUGUAGAUGACAAUAAUUGAAGGAAUGAGGAGCAAUAACUGGCAGAUGUAGUAGCAUCAUUAAGAUUUAAUUUGGAGAAUUCACACUGAGAACACCUGAUACAUUUAAUAAAUCAGGAAAGCAUUUUCCCAUAGAAAAUGCAUUACGUGAAGAGUCACAUUCCAGAUUUGAAGGUGUGUUUUAGAAUGAAGAAAAUCUUGAUUAUAAAUGGUAGACUUUUUCCAGGUGGAAUAUAAAAUUGCUUUUUAUUUUGAUAUGUAAAUAAAGUAAUGGUCAGGGAAACAACAAGGAACAUAUCCUGAAGGUUAAGGGAUAAUUAGUGUGACUUUCCUGAGUAACACUGAAUAGCAUUUUUUAAAUUUUUGGUAUUUUAUUUUUUAAUAUAACUUGUUAUACAUGUAUUUAAUAGUUUGUGGAAUAACAGCCCCCAAUAUUCUCCAUAUUAAAUGCUAAAUAUCAAUAUCGUCUCUUUAUUUCUUAGCAAUAUAAGGAAACUGUGGUUUUUAAUGAAUGAAAGGAUGUGGUUCUCACUCCAAUGAGUUAUUCAGGAGUCUGCAUAAGUGGGUCUGGCAGUGAGUGCAGGGCUGCUGCUUAAGAGAAAUCGUAAUAAACAUUGAUUGUAUUUUAGCAGUUUAGUGUCUGUUUUCCAUUGAUUGACAGGAGCACCCUAGUUUUCUCUGAAGAAACACCUCCCCUCUGUUGUGUGCAUCCUUGUGGUAGUGUCUUUCAAGGUGUCCUUUCCACUAGCCACAGGUGAGCAUUAUGCCUCUUGUUGGGUAAUGGUAACCUCUUUUCCAGGAUUUUGAGUCUCUAAUUCACACAUGAACCAGAGGGGAAAUGUGGAAACUCGUUUAUUCUUGUCCCAGAAUUCUACUGAGACCUUCAGUUAGUUCCUUCUAUAUUGACUUCCCAGAAUAACUUUGCCAGUCUUCCUCUUGUUUUGCUUGAGGAAGAUUCGCCCUGAGCCGACAUCUGUGCCAGUCUUCCUCGAGUUUGUAUGUGGGUCCCUGCCACAGCAUGGCCGCUGAUGAGUGGUGUAGGUCCACGCCUGGGAAAUGAACCCAGGCUGCCGAAGCGGAGCACACUGAGCUUAGCCACUAGGCCCCGGGACCGUGUUCCCCUCCACCCCCCUGGAAAACUCUGGAUGCCAUCCAUUUUUGAGCCUGGUUUUCUGGCUGCCUAUGUGCUUCCUCAUAUUUCAGUAAGAACUUCUUUUUCUGCUGGAGUUAAGGAGAAUGAGUUUCUGUUUCUUGUAGCCAAAGGGCUUUAAUUGAGAAUUGUUGCUCUGCAAUAGUGUGUAGAUAACAAACUGUUAGAGAAAAGUGGAGUAUGUGGUUUAGAUUUUUUCCUGAGACAAGAAGAAAAUUUUUCAGGUUCUUGUUUAUAUUCCAAGAUGGGAUCUUUUUAGCCCACAGUAUGAAAUAGUGUUAUUGCUUGUGUACACCAAGAACCUUGUGGCCCCUGAUGGUAAGAUUCUGGGAACAUUGAGGAACUAUUACCAUAGAAAAGUUUUAAAUUUAUGAGGAAGUUUGUGACAGGAAAUUAGAUGGCUACUGCUGGUCAUAUCAGCUCAUAGCAAUGACAGACUUGAAGCCCUGAAAUCUCAUCUCAAGGCGGAGUAUUAAACUCAGCAGCUCUCUGUGACGUUGCUGAAAUCAUUGCUUACUCAUGGCUGUAGGGUUGAGAUGGUGGAAAUCGAAUAUAUAUUUGGCUUGCUGAGUUAAAAAGUCAUCCAUUUCAAAUGCUCACUGUCCCUUAUAUAAAACAUGCAUUGGUCUAGAAAAUGUUGUCUCUUGGUCAUUCGAGUAGGGAUAUCUGAGAGGAAUCUGAGGACUCAGCCUGGCCAACUCCUGAUAGACUUUGCACUGUAUGCUCCUCACUCACGGAUAUAGACUAGGUGUUGGCAGACUGUAGCCCAUGAGCCAGAUAUAGCUUGCUGCCUGUGUUUGUAUGGACAGCAAGCUAAGACGCUUUUACAUUUUUAAAUGGUUGAAAAAAGAUCAAAACUAUUGGAUGAAAUGAGAAAAUUAUUUGAAAUUCAAAUUUCAGUGUCCAUAAAUCAAGUGUUAUUGGAACACAGCCAGACAGUUUAUGUAUUGUCUGGCUGCUUUUGCACUGUAAUGGCAGAGUUGAGUAGUUGUGGCAGACACCGUGUUGCCCACAAAACCUCCUACUUCUGAUGUCGGGCCCCUUCCCUUCUCUGAAAAAGCAGGAGGAAGCUUAUUCUACCAGUACCCCCUGCCUCAUUGUCACCAGCUCUGUGUCCACGCUUCCUCUUUUUAUAAGGGCACCAGUCACUGGCUCAGGUCUCAUCCUAAGGAUCUCAUUUCAACUUGAUUAUCUCUAUUAAGACUCUGUCUAAUUAACUUCACAUUCUCAGGUGCUGGGGUUAGAAAUCCAACAUAUCUUUUUUGAAAGGACAGAAUUCAACCCAUAGCAGUCUGCCUUCUUGCCCCCACCUCCCGUGGCCAGUUUGUGUCUUUUUCAUGUGCAAAAUACAUUCACCCCAGCCCAACAUCCCCCAAAAGCUCAAUCUAUUCCAGCAUGAACUCUGUCCAAAAUCUGAUCUAAAUAU